UUUUUAUGCCUCUCAAAAUACAAAUUUUCAAGAGCUUUCGCCCUCGAUUAGGCCUGUCUUUUUUCAUUUUCAAAAUCAACUUCCUUCAAAAAAACAUCAUUCAAAUUCUAAAAUUUUAAAAAUAAAGAAAUGAGCUAAGUACUCGUUCUCACAUUUAAAAAAAAACGGAUUUUCCGGUGGGGCCAGACUGGAGAAUAAAGUAAUAGUUUUUAGGUGAGAUAUUGAACGUUUUUUUGCUUUUGUUUUUCGAUUUUUUGCUCUCCUGAACGCUGGAAUUUAAAAAAAAUUGGUCACUUUUUUCACUGAUGAAAGUCACUAAAGUCACUUUUUUUUAGAAAAAUUUGGGUAUGAUGCCUGGUGUAGCAUAUUGUGUCAAAUGGUUUCGAGAACGCUGAAUACAAAAAUUUCAACUCAUUUUUCUUCAUUUCAGCCCCUCCAACAUCCCCAUUGGGCCCCAAAAUUUCCUGAAAAUUGAAGAUAUUGCGUGACAUAUGGUUUACUACGCUUUUGGGUGCCCCAAAUACCAAUAUCAGGUUUUUUUUGAUUCGGUACCUGCCAAGCUCUCAUUGGCUUCUUCAAUUUUCCAAAAAACGAGGAUUUCAAGUCCAAGUAAACCAUGUGUUGGUGAUUUGGCAUGAAAAUCUUGAUAAUUAAAUGAUCUAAUUUGUAGUAAUCGAAGGUAUGUAGAAGACUUGUUUCUUUAAACUGGCAUAAAACUCAUUGAAAUUGACGAAUUGCUUAAAAAAUUACUCAACUUGGUACAUAAAAAACUUAGUCCAAACGAAUAGUAGGUAGGUAGUGAAAUUCCGUAAAUUUCCCAAUAUCCGGAAGUAAACUCGAACAGCAGUUGAAUUCAAUGUUUACUUUUCUCGUGAUAUUGCCAAAAAUCCAAAUUUCGUGCAUUUUGUGACAGGGACGCUGCUGGAGAGAGGGGUAGGGGUUCGGGUUCUGGAAUUUCGCCUCGUGAUGGUAUUUUGAGGCACCUGUGCCUCUUUGGAAAAUUUCUUCACUACGACGCGUGUCCGAGCACGUGUACCAGUAAGAGGUGAGAAAGAAAAAAAACCUAUUUCGUGAACGUGAAUGCAACAGCUUAUAAGAAGGCAUGAGACCGCAAGGCGGCUGCCCUGAAAACCGCGAGUGGCGAUUGUCGUAGUCGCAGACGCAGACGCAGGCGACUUCGGCCACAUACACAUACUCGUAUACAUAUAGUACACGCGUGUUUUUAGCGCUUCUCCAGCACUCCAGCAGCCGCCGCUGCGCUCCGUGUGAACUAAUCGUAAUACACAUAAUAAUAAUAAAGAUACGGUCUCUCUCUCUCUCUCUCUCUCUCUCUCUCCCUUUUCUAUACGUUCCCCUCGUUCAUCGUUCGCCCUGCACCCCUUUUAUAUUUGUCAGUUUCAUCUCUUGUUGUGUUUCUUGUGUUCGGUUGACCAAUAUAUGUAGUAUUGAAAGAGAUGGGGUACGCGGCUCGAGUCAACAGGAGCGCUGGAGCUGGAGAAGUCGGGUACCUAGUAGUACCUACAUACGAGUAUAUAAUUUUCCCAGGAUACCGACGAGAGGGUACCCACGUGGCGGGGCGGAGGCGGCGGCUUGGUAAACGGUUACAUUGGAGCCCCACUCUCGAACGCAUGUUCCAUUGUCGGCUACCGUACGCAGGACACGUUUCGACGGUACGCGCGUCCAGACAUGCGUCAUUCUAGGACCACGCGCCUGUGCGUCUGCAACGGACACGUACCGAAGCCGAAGACGUCGCGUACGAGCUCCUUAUCGUGUGCGACAGCGUCUGUGCGUUAAAUAAUAAUUGUGAUAAGAGACGUCGGUCGCCUUUUUUUUUUUUAAUUGCCCGGCCGGAACUUAAGAAAAUUUUUAUUGAGAUAUCGCCGCCUCCUCAGGCACGUGUACCUCAGACGCCUUUCUUAGUCGCGUGUGUUUACGUGCGCUACGUGUGUUUUGUGUUGUUGUGAUUGUGGUCUUUUUAUACUUAAGAUAUUUUCGCGCAUCCGUCCAUCCUCUCGGUGCUCGAAAUACCGUAACAAGAAACGUGUGGUGUUGUCGUCGCGAAUUUUCUCGUAAUCCUGUGGCGUGUCGUUGUACCGAAGGGGGGUUCGAUGCCCCUCGAACCGGCGCCACCGUCCGAUGCACAGAAUCCUCUGUAUUGGGGAUACCCGUGGGGUACAUCGGCCUCACUACCGCCGUCCGGCAGGCAAUCCUUCAAGAGAUCUCACAGCGAGACCGAAGAUUGCGACGAUGUGUUUUCCGAAGAAUCCAACAAGGAACCGUGUUCAUCCCCCGGUGACGCAGAUAGUUGUCAAAUGCUCAGUCGAAAAAAACGUAGAGGUAUAAUAGAGAAACGCAGAAGAGACAGAAUAAACACAAGUCUGUCCGAAUUGCGAAGAUUGGUUCCGACAGCGUACGAAAAACAAGGUUCGGCUAAAUUAGAAAAAGCCGAAAUUCUACAAAUGACCGUCGACCAUCUAAAAGUGCUGCACGCCAAAGGUAUGAACGCUUUGGCCUACGAUCCGGGCAAAUUCGCCGUCGACUACCACAACAUGGGAUUCCAAGAAUGCGCGGCCGAAGUAGCCCGAUACCUAGUGACGGUCGAAGGUCUCGAUAUCCAAGACCCUUUGCGAAUGCGUCUGAUGAGCCACCUACACGGCUACGCUGCUCAAAAAGAAUUAGCCUCGAAGCAAAGCCCAUGGUACCCGAGCGGGCCUCCGCCAGGCAGCAACGUCGCCUCCAAUACUAGUCAACCGUAUCACCAAUCGAGUUCGCCUCUUUCGCCCAUAGGCAGCAGUCACCAUUUACACAGGCCACCACCUCCUCCUAUACCGAUUCCGAUACCUCCUCCGCCUAGCGGUCUAAGCUUACACAAUACUAGUCUAAAUUCAUCCUCCGGAUCGUCGUCGUUAAAUAGUUCUUCUCUAGGUAUGAAUAGCUCGCACACGAUGAGCUCGUCGAAUACGUCGCAUUCGCUGAAUAGUUCCUACGAUAAUCAAACCACCUUGGAGGGUUCUCCGUCGGCGGUGGCCCCAUCAUCUUCGUCCUCCAACACUACCAUUACGCCGUUGGUUACCGUCUCCUCUUCGAGCAUGGAUAGUUACAACUAUCUGCAUCAUAAUGUCCAUCAACAUCCGACGAUGGACUUGUACCAUCAUCCGCAGCAUAUGCAGCAACAUCCUUAUAAUCAAGGCGGACACGAUUCCGCCGUGUCCAAACCCUACCGACCGUGGGGUGCUGAAGUAGCUUAUUGAAAGAUUUAUCUCUAAGUCGAUUUCGAAUUUUCGAGCUGUGUUGUGUUUAUCGUAUAAAUGUACGUACGUAAAACUACGUGUAACUGUCGAGUCAGAUUCUCGUUACGCUGAAAAAAAAAUAUAUAACCGUUUUUCCUGCUUUCUAAGAACAGGAAAUGCAAUUGUUGUAGUGAACUGCGAUACCUAUAGUACAAAAAAGUACCUAUGUAGAAGAAAACAGGUGUGAAUUUUCAUACCGUAUUCUAAAAGCGUUACGAAAGUAACGUGUUUCUCAAUUCUUAUCACUCGAAUACUCCUUCUGCGUACCUACUACUGUAUAAUACGAGUAUAAAUUCACGUACUACUCUGUUUCCCCUUUCAUUAUCGAAGUACCUACAAACACCCUCCUUUUUUUUCGUGAGAAUUAAUCGAGCUUAAUUAAAAUUAUUUAAAUUACGGUUGUGAAUUGUGAAUUCAUCGAAAUGCCUCACAGACUGAUCUCAUUUUUUUUCUUUUUUGGUAGAAAAAUUCAAUUUUUUAUAUCUAUUUUAUAGUACCUACUUAUUUAUUUUCGUCAUACUGUUUAUUGUAGAGAUAUUCGAGUCCACCGAUUUUUUAAUUUCCUUCAUUGUGUACUUUCUUUUGCAUUAUUUAUUUCGUCUUUUAUUUUCAAUUUAUCAACGUUUGAUGUGUGUUGUGUGCAUUUAUGUAAUCGGUAUAAUUAUUUUGUUUACCAAAGUUAUUAAUUUAUAAAUUUAUUAUUAGUUCAAGUCGGACGUCAAUUAUGAAAUUCAUUUUCAUGCUUAGUCAUUUAUUUUUAUAUGUUGUAUUUAUUUUUCCUUCUCUUUCGUAUUUCAUUUUGUAAUAAAAUUUUAUACUUUUUUAAAUCGA